CGCACCGAUCAGUUGAGCCGUGAUAUCCGUAGCGCGCGUACUUACACACGAAAUAUCGCUGUAUAGUUUACUACAUAUACGUACAUACAAUACAUAUAUGUAUAUAUAUGUGUACAUAUGUAUAGAUAUAUAUGUAUAUAUAUUAACACCAUAUAAAUACCGAAUAACCGAAUCGUCUAUCCCGAAUCUCCCUAGUCUCGAUAGUUGUACAAAAAGAGAAGUAAUAAUUGAAAGAAAGAAGAGAACGGAACGAAACUAAAAACAAAACAAAACAAUAGAAAAAAUCGCACGCAUCUAAUCAUCUCGUUAUCUAAAUCACCGUUGCUGCCGUUGAAUGUUUUUCUUCGACGUAUAACGAAUUCUCUGUUGCAACGAGAGUGACUCUUCGACUGUCACCUUGAUAAUAACUGUCUGCAGUAACGCACGACGAAGACAACGACGGAGACGAAGACGACAGUUGAACUUGAUGAAUAAAUAAAUAAGGAAUUAAUUUGAAAAAAAAGGCCGCGCGUAAACGUGAAACGCGGCUUAUCCUCGAAUCAGUAGAUUCGAAGACAAUUCUUCGCUGGGGUGGGCAGGUAUUGUCAUUAUUCGGUAAAUUGGACGUCGCUAACGCGCGUAAACAUUAACGAAACGUGUUCCUACGCAUCGUGGAACGUCGUCCCGCGGCCGUAUUGUAAAAAUAAUAAAAACAUAAUUACAAUGUGUGAUAAUACUAACACGACGACGCAAAGUAUAGCGGACUAUCUUUCACAGUUACUAAAAGAUAGGAAGCAAUUAGCCGCUUUCCCUAACGUCUUCAUACACGUAGAACGCCUACUAGAUGAAGAAAUUGCGAAGGUUCGAGCCAGCCUCUUCCAGAUCAGUGGAGUAAAAAAGGAACCGCUGAUAUUGCCAGAACCAGAAGGAGACGUCACAACACUCACAGAAAAGGUCUAUGUGCCGGUCAAAGAACACCCAGACUUCAACUUCGUCGGGAGGAUUCUGGGACCACGUGGUAUGACGGCUAAGCAGCUCGAACAGGAGACUGGAUGCAAAAUCAUGGUUCGGGGAAAAGGUUCAAUGCGAGACAAAAAGAAGGAGGAACAAAACCGAGGUAAACCAAAUUGGGAACACCUAACAGACGAGCUGCACGUUUUACUGACGGUAGAAGAUACAGAGAAUCGAGCAACCCUCAAACUCGCACGUGCCGUUGAAGAAGUCAGGAAGCUACUCGUACCCCAGGCUGAUGGUGAGGACGAGCUGAAGAAAAGGCAGCUCAUGGAGCUUGCCAUAAUAAACGGAACUUAUCGUGACUCCAACACGAAGGUUGCUGCUGCUGCAGCCUGUGACGAGGAAUGGAGGCGCGUCGCGCAAGCGGCGGCCGAAACGCAGCGUCUUCUCCCCGGCCUGACCGCCCCGAUGAGGAAUCCCAGCACGCCCUUGGGUGCGCCGCUGAUCCUCUCCCCGAGGAUAUCGGUCCCGACGACCGCCGCCUCCCUCCUGAACGGAUCCGGACCUCCGGGGUCCUUGCUGUCCGCGGGGGAUCCUCACGGACUAAUUUACACUCCAUACGCGGAUUACGCGAACUACGCAGCACUCGCAGCAUCGCCGCUCCUCACCGAGUACGCUACAGCUGACCAUUCUGGUGGGUUGUUUGCUCGCUGACGCUAGGCUUCGGCUGAAUUACAUACAUUACAUAUAUAUAAUCCAUGCGGAGCGUAUAUCUGCAAAGAGAUAUUAUUAUUAUUAUUAUUAUUAUUACUAUUAUUAUUGUCAUUAAUUUUCAUUGUUGUUAGUUGUAAUGUUAUCACCGAAGCAUAUAGCGCAGAUUAUUACUAUAUUAACACUACGAUGACGAAGAUUAUUAUUAUUAUUAUUAUUAUUAUUAUUUUUUACUAUUAUUAAUAUUAUAUAAUGAUAUUUUUCGAUAAUCGGCUUCUUUUCAUACGUAGAAUAUUAUUGUUAUCGUUGUUAUACGUAAUAUUUUUAUUCUUAGAUUUUAGUUGUCUGUAGAAAGAAAAUAGCUGAAUCAGUCAUUUACUAGUCGAGUCCGUUCUGAUAUAGCAACAGAAUUUUUAGCGUAACAUAUAUAAUAUAAAGAAGAUAUAUUUUUCACGUUUUAUUUUCUUUUCUUUUCUUUUCUUUUUUUUUUUAUUUCAUCUUUUCUAUUUUAAAUCUCGUUUUGUUUACUACUUAUUUUCGUUUUUGUCUUAAACAUCACGUACAUCGGUUUUUAUUUUUAGCAACAACAUGACAUUGAGGUUGGAAGAGUUUAGAUUUUUUAGACGAUUUAGCUGAAGUUAUUAAUUAUUAUUAUUAUUGUUAUUAUUGUAAAUGUGUCGCGGGUUGAAAAAAAAAAAAAAUGUAUGUAUACUAGUCCAAAAAGUUUUUUAUGGUAGACGAAGAUUUAUACCUCGGUGGUCUUGUUAAAUUUAUGAUAUUGAAAUAUCGUCAUUUCUUGUAUUCAUCAUAAAACUGAACGGUAAUUACUUUUCAUCACCUCUGGUGAUAUAAGAAAUGUAUUGGUUUCGGUCGAAAAUUACUUUGUCUAAUUUCAACGAAUCUUUACGUUUUCGAACGUCUAGUAUCCGAAAAAAGUUUUACUUUUUUGGACAGACCUUUCGCUUUUCAUGGUAAUGAAAAUUAUCGUGUAUUUUUUUAUACACAGAUCGGCAUCAGGCCAAAAAGAGUCAAAAUAAUCAACGUCACAUUUAAUACCUAGCUAGAAGAAAACUUUGUAACUCGAGUUUUUGAGUUGCGUAAAUUAUUAGUUUGGUUUUUUUUUUUCUUCUCUUUCUACUUUUUGCAUAAAUUUUUCGAGCUUCGUACGCGUUGACCCAAGUGAAAUUAAAUCAUUCCAAGUGACUAAAUAAAAGUAAAAUCGUAGAAAAAUAUUUUUGCUAACAAUAACAGCAAUACAUUGCCAUGUUGUUUAUCGUCUUGCCGGUGUACAGAAAUGAAAAAAAUUUUUUGGUACUAGUAUAGAUUAUAUUACGAAUCGCAUAGAGUAUUUUAAAUCGCAGGCUAAAUAGGUCAGUGUGUAUAGGAAAAGCGUAGGAAAAAAGUAAGAAAAAAACUGUUGAGCAGUAAAUAGCAUAUAAAGUGAAAUUUCAUUGGCAUUUUAGGUGUGUGUGUGUAUAUAGGCACACACACAAACACACACAUACAUACAUAUUACACAUAUAUAAUUUUUCUUAAGCAUAAUGUUAAAAAUAUACCCUCUAACGGAUUCUUGCAUUUCAGCGAGAUGUCCGGUUGCUCGGCGCGUUCUUGUGUACUACUCGAUGCAAUAAUCAAAGGCCAUUCAUUGUUGUGUAGUUAUUAUGAAAAGAUAUAUAUUUAUUCGCGAUAGAAUGUUAGUAAAUGUUAGUGUAUAAUAGCUUUUUCAGAUUAUCGUUAUUAUUAUCAUUACUAUUAUUUUUUCUAUCGCUAUUAAGUUAGCGUUUUAUCUUUGAAAGAGACGUACAGUUGAUAUUCUAGAAUCUAAAACUUGUAUGGAUAUUAUUUUAUACCAUUAGCUCGAAGACUAUAUAAUCCGUACUAAAAAUUUUAACAUCUAGUUACGAAGUAUUUAUGAAUAAUACGGUGAUGGUAUUGAUUGUUAGUAGAAUUCGCAUUGCAUAAUUCCUUUUUGAAAUUGUUAAUUCUUUUUCUUUUUUUUUUUUUUGCUUUUCUGUUUUAUCCUAACUUUUAUUUAUUUGUUUUUGUCCUUAUUUUUCAAUUUUUUUUUCUCGCGCUUCGCAAACUUUCGCGUUUCAUCGAAUUUUUCGGCAGUAACACUACAAUUUAUUAUACCAGUAGAAUCUCGAACAAAUCCCUAGGAUUGGUUUAACAUAUUAGAAAUAACAACUAACUUGGUCCGCCUUUCCUACAAAAACUCACUUAUAACUCGUAUUCAAACUGACAUUAUACCCUAAUAUCGUAAUCAAAUGUACUAAAUGUGUUUGAAGAAGUAUUUACAAGCCAUAUAAUACGUAUGCCGCGUCGGGAUGUUUGAACAAAUUGAUCAAUAAAGCCAACAGAAAACGAUACUCUGAUCGAAAACGUCGUUUUGCUCACCGUAAGAAUUCUCAAUGCAUUUUAUUACACUAUCGAAAGUCAAUUCGUGUUUGAUAAAAUGAAGUGUAGAUUUUUCCAUUGAUACUGAAGUAUGAUCUCGCGGAUAUUUGAACAAUUCCAAUUAUCAUCAUACGUGCAGCAAAAUGAGUAACGAAAAAGUAAUAGAAUUUCACAGCAAACAAACGAUCGAAGCAACAAACAAACUAAUCGUGUUGGAUAAUAAAAUAUUGCUUUAUUUUCCUAUCAGAUCUAAUAUUAAUAAACGGGUAAUAUCAAUUUAAUCUAAUACGCGGAUACUUUUGGUAACUAAUCAAUGGCGAUUGGUCAUGUGCUGAUUGUGUUGUACUAAAAAGAAAGAAAAAAAAAACACAAAGAUUCUAGACAGACAAUAGGAGUAGGAAAAGUUAUCCAGGGACCAAACAAAUGUUUUUGAGGACUGA